AUGUUCAAGGCAGGAGUAGACACUGUGUCUGCAGGGGUAGAAGAGACUGCUGGUUGCUUUAAGGUAUCUUUAGAAGUUGACUUUGGCUCCGGGCUCCGGCUGCAGCGUCAGCCUUGCUCGGGCCUCGGCGGCGGCGGCGGCGACGUGAAGCCUUCCAAUAUCCUGGUCAACUCACGGGGAGAGAUCAAGCUGUGUGACUUCGGGGUCAGCGGCCAGCUCAUUGACUCCAUGGCCAACUCCUUCGUGGGGACACGCUCCUACAUGUCGCCGGAGUGCCUGCAGGGCACCCACUACUCGGUGCAAUCGGACAUCUGGAGCAUGGGCCUGUCGCUGGUGGAACUGUCCAUCGGGAGGUACCCCAUCCCCCCGCCCGACGCCAAGGAGCUGGAGGCCAUCUUCGGUCGGCCCGUGGUCGACGGGGCCGAGGGCGAACCCCACAGCAUCUCACCAAGGCCCCGGCCCCCCGGACGCCCCAUCAGUGGUCACGGCAUGGACAGCCGGCCCGCCAUGGCCAUCUUUGAACUGCUGGACUACAUUGUGAAUGAGCCUCCCCCGAAGCUGCCCAACGGCGUCUUCACCCAGGACUUCCAGGAGUUUGUAAAUAAAUGCCUGAUCAAGAACCCGGCAGAACGUGCUGACUUGAAAAUGCUGAUGAACCACACCUUCAUCAAGCGGUCCAAGGUGGAAGAAGUGGACUUUGUAGGCUGGUUGUGUAAAACGCUGCGGUUGAACCAGCCCAGCACACCCACGCGCACCGCUGUGUGA